UUGCAUCGCCAAAUUGGACUGCCGUUUACCUGAAUCCAUGCUACCAUGUAUACCAUGCAUCAGCUGUGUGACGAGUUGUUGAAUCCUGCGUCGCAUCGCAUGCCGGCAUCCGUCUACAAGACGCUCUUUUUCCGUCGUGCGUUAUAUAACCUUGAAAUACUGUUGAAGUACUUUGCGCCCUACAUGUACACUAUGCUUUUUCUUUCUCUUAUCAUACUAGCUUUCGAUAAGCGAACGCCUUCCCAACGUCACAAUAAACAUUCAAUAUGCUUCUUCGUAUAGCGCGUGUGGCAACCAUCUUUGGAUCUUCAGGGUUGAGAGAUCCACUGCGAGCACGUGACGAUCAAUGACGUUAGCGGGAACUGCCGGAGCUACGACCAUCGUUUGGUGGCUGCCAUUCACCCCACACUCGCCAGCACACUCCACGCCCACUCUCCUACCUUGACUACACACCACGAACCCUUCAGUGGACCGCCGAACAUCCCCUCCCCGCCAACAUGAACCGCCUAUUCGGAGCCAAGAGCAGCGCGCCCAAACCGACACUCAACAGCGCCAUCUCCAAUGUCGACACACGCAUAGAAAGCAUCGAUGUCAAGCUGGCGAAGCUUAAUGCCGAGCUCUCUACCUACCAGCAGAAGCUCGCCAAGAUGCGCGACGGCCCCGGCAAAACAGCCAUCAAACAAAAAGCCCUCAAAGUCCUCCAGCAACGGAAACAAUACGAAGCGCAGCGCGACCAGCUGCAGGCGCAGUCUUGGAAUAUGGAGCAGGCCGGCAUGAUGCAAGACAACCUCAAAAACACAAUGACUACCAUCGACGCCAUGAAGACGACGACCAAGGAGCUACGGAAGCAAUACGGCAAGGUCAAUAUCGAUAAGAUCGAUAAGCUUCAGGACGAAAUGGCGGAUCUUAUGGAUAUGGGGAAUGAUAUACAAGAUGCCAUAAGCCGCAGCUACGAUGUGCCAGAGGACGUGGACGAGUCAGAAUUAGAUGCUGAGCUGGAGGCACUGGGUGAUGAGGUUGACUUCGAGGGCAUCGGAGAGUCGUCAAGCAUGCCGAGUUAUAUGCUGGACGAUGCUGCACCACCGCAGUUCAUCGACGAAGCGCCUACAACUGGCAACAAAGUCAAGGAAGCUGCAGGCUGAUGAAAGAAGUGUCUGCGCAUAUACCUCAGAUUGCAUAGCGUCAGGCGUGUCAACGAGUCUCCCUAGCUUGUUCGCCAUUAAACUUACAGCAGAAAUAUGGCCAUGGACCCGCAAUAGUUGCCUUGCGCAUAUUGAAUGAUAAAGCACGGGUCGGCCUGAACAAAUUCUUCCAUUGGGAAUGAACAACGGCGAUCAGCGGAUUGGUAGGAUGUAGAUCGGGGCUCGGUGAUCAACAGGCCUUCGAAAUGCCUAACACCGGUACCGUGUAGGGGACGACUGAAAACGUACCCGAUACGCAACACAAUAGAUGGCUAGCUCGGCGACACAAUCGCGAAGCAUACCUUACAUCAAUUAAUGUAUAACUUGC